ACUGACCAGCAUACUCGUUUCCAAGGUUGCCCUUGCCUCUUUUCCCCGCCGCUCCUGCCCCUCACUCUCUUCUUUUUCUUUUUCGUCCAGUGAUAUCAAAGCCCUCGACUUCGACUGGAUCGGGCGCAGACGAAUGAUGAGAGGUAGAUGCACCGGCACAAAUUCACCGGCUAAACCUUACUCCCUUUCAAUAUUUCUUUUCCGCCCCUUCUCGUCGACAUCAUCCUCUACCGCCGUAACUGCCGCUGAUAUCGAAACUCUAAACCUCGAUCUAUCUCCCUCGGUCCGCUCCAUCAAUUCCACCUCAGCCUGUCUGGCUACUCACCCAGCUACCUGUGGCUCUGCUGACCGCCACCGCCUCUCCUUGCUCCAAUCCUGCUUUUCCGCUGCGGAAACCCGCGUCGCCCUGGAUGCCUUCAUGGCAUCUGCCAACAGAGGUCGCAGUUCUUGCCCAAGCCUUAGAUCGUACAACACUCUCUUGCUAAAAUUAGAAAAAUUCAGCAUGGUUACUGAGAUGAAGAACGUCUAUUGUCAAAUGCUUCUUGGUGGCAUUUUGCCCAACCUCUUUACCUACAACACCAUGAUAAAUUUCUCCUGCAAGCAUGGUGACAUAUCUAAUGCGAUGACCUAUCUUGGUCAUCUGGUACGGGCCGGAUUGGAUCCGGAUACGUUCACGUACAACUCAUUGAUACUGGGUUAUUGCAGAAGAAAUGAUAUCUAUAGAGCUUGCAAGAUUUCUGAUACGAUGCAGCAAAAGUCCUGCAAAAGAGAUGAACACUCUUAUACCAUACUUAUUGAUGGACUCUUGAAGGCUCUCCGGGUGGAGGAAGCCUUAAAACUGUUGUCAGAAAUGGUGGACGAUGGCUGCUCCCCAAACGCUCAUACCUAUACAGCUUUGAUUGAUGGGUUGUGUAAGAUGAGCAUGAUAGAGAAGGCAGAGAGUUUACUUACUGAUCUUUCUAGGAACAGUUUGGCUUCUAACAUUGUUCCUUUCAAUGCUUUAGUUAAGGGGUACUGUAAGAGAGGCCGAGUUGAUGAUGCUUUGAGGAUUCUCAGAGGUUUAGAUUCUAGUCAGUGUAAGCCUGAUUUGUGGAUGUACAAUCAGUUGAUCGAUGGUCUGUGCAAGGAGAACAGGCUUAUGGAUGCAAGGAAUAUGUUUGAUUGUAUAACCCAAAAGGGCAUGGUUCCUAAUGUCGUCACUUAUAAUGCUUUGAUUGGUGGUUUAUGCCAGAUGAAAAAGGUUGAUGCUGCUUUUGAGCUUGUGAGGUCAAUGGAGGCUAAUGGGCCCAAACCGGAUACUAGAACUUGCAAUGAGCUCAUACAAGGAUUUUGUAGUGAAGGGAAGGUUAACAGGGCAAUGAGUUUCUUGAGUAAAAUGAUUGACUGGGGGUUGCCUCCUAAUGUUGUCACAUACAAUAUGUUGAUACAUGGCCACUGCAAGCUUGGUGAUAUUGAUAGUGGCUUUAGGUUGCUCUCUUUAAUGAUUGAAAAUGGUGUCAUCCCUGAUCAACAGUCAUAUGGUACAUUGAUAGAUGCACUCUGUAAAUGUGGUAAAACAGAGGAAGCAUAUGCAGUUUUCUCUACCCUUAACCAAAGGGGAGUAAGGGCAAGUAAUGUAAUGUACAAUUCUCUUAUACACAGGUACUGUGUUGGAGGACAGAUGGAUAAAGCAAGAGAACUCUUUGAAAGGAUGGUUUCAGAUGGCUGCUUUCCUGACACUUAUACCUACAAUUCUCUGAUUGAAGGUUUGUGCAAGGACAGAAGGUUAAAUGAUGCUUUGCAUUUACUUUGUCAAAUGCCAGAUGAGGGAGUAGAACCUGAUAACAACACUUAUAACAUUCUGAUUAAUGAAAUGUUUAAGGAAGGAGAAACAAAACUUGCCAUGUCAAUCUUGGGACAAAUGAUUUGUUUAGGAUAUAGCUGGGAUGUAUAUACAUUUACCAUACUAAUUGGUUUUUGUUUCAAUGAGGGUAGGCUAGAAGAUGUAGAAAAGGUCAUAGAAGAAAUGAAAAGAAUGGACGUGAAUCCUGAUUUGCUUACUUAUAAUACUCUGAUUUGUGGAUAUGGAAGACUGGGUUUAUUGGACCAAUCUUUUUCUGCUCUUAAGCAUAUGAUUGAUGCUGCAUGCGAUCCUGAUCAUGUGACAUACGCGAUUUUACUUGACUGUCUUCAUAGAAGGUGUAGCCCGGUCAGUGAAUCAGUUGGUUCUUUUCACAUAUGGAAAAUCAUACAGAUGGAUACCAUAGAUGAGCUUUUGGGGCAAAUGAGUAGUAGUGGUUGUGAUCCAUGCUCCACCUCAUACGGUAUUCUAAUUUCUGCGUUGUGUAGAUUUAACCGGUUUAAGGAGGCACACCUAUUGUUCCUUCGUAUGUUUGAAAUUGGACUGUCACCAUGUCAUAUAACGUACACAUCUAUUAUCAAUUGUUGCAUUAGUUUAAAAAUGCAUGAGCGAGCAUCACAAUUAAUUAACUCUAUGGUUAUUCGUGGUCAUCUACCGGAUCUAAAAUCGUACCAGUAUCUUCUUUGUGGACUUUGUAAUGAAGGGCAUUUUGAGAGUGCAAAGCUAAAAUUCAUAGAGUUGCUUGAAAGCGAGUAUAAUCAUGAUGAAAUAAUUUGGAAUAUUUUUAUAGGUGGUCUUUUGAAAGCAGGUCAUGAUAAGUUGUGCUCUGAAAUUUUAUCUAUAAUGGCUGAAAGAGGCUGCUGCAUCAGUCCUCAAACGUAUGCUUUGCUGCUAAGGGAAUAUCCUGAUGUACAGCAUAAUCUAUGAAGUCAAUUCAAGGCCAAUGCAAGCUAAUUCUUUUGUAUGUAACAUUUCAAUGAGGAAUAGAACUGGAAGAACUGGAAUGAGGCUGGCGAUAAUGCUCUACUGCCUUUAUCUUGCUUUGUUGUGGAAACUUCUAAUAUGAAUGUAUUGUCACAUGAACCAUGUGAAGCAGGCUGAAACGUUUAAGCAAACCUGAUCUUGGAUGGAUAUUUUUUAUCUGUUAAACUCAGAAUGCAUCCAAAUAGCUGAGGCAAGUCUCUAAGCUUUGUUUCAUGUAUUCUUGGCAAUUGUAAUUAAUGAAUCACAUUAUUUUCUUGUGUUAUUUUCAGGAUUUGUUUUGAACAGCUACAGUUGUUUGAAGAGACA